GUCUGGGGCGGGAAGGAAGAAGGGAGCUCUCCUUUCCCCGCCUUCUGCUGCUUUUCUCCCCACACACUGCUGCAACCCAGCAAAUAUGUACAGGCUGGAUGUAACGGAGACCUUUGCCGGCCUCAGCCUGCCUGGCCAUCUCCACACCCAGGCGUCCCUGAACUUUGCCAGCACUUUCCAGUUCUGCAGCUCUGAUGUCCUCCUGGUUACCUACCCCAAAUCAGGCACCACCUGGAUGCAGGAGAUCCUGACCUUAAUCUACAGCAAAGGAGACCCUCAGCCUGCCAAGAACAUCCCCAACUGGACCCGGAACCCAUGGCUGGAGCACACCUACUUCUCAAAGAUUAUCCGGGCGUCAGAAGGACCUCGCCUCCUCACCACCCAUUUGCCCUACCACGUGUUAUCAGCUUCUCUGAGGAAAGCUAAGCCCAAGCAGGUGAUCCACCUGACCAGAAACCCCAAAGAUGUUGCUGUGUCCUUCUAUCACUUCUGCAGGAUGGCCAAAUUCUUCCCUGACCCUGGCACCUUUGAUGAGUUCCUCCUCAGCUUCUUGGAUGGCACAGUGCACUACGGCUCCUGGUUUGAACACACCAAAGGCUGGCUCAGCUGCAAGGAGGAGUUGGAUGUUUUCUACAUCACCUACGAGGAACUGCACCAGGAUCUGGAAGGCUCUGUGGAGCGACUGAGCGCCUUUCUUGACUGCCCUCUGAAACCAGGCCAGAUGGACUCCAUCCAGAAGCAUUGUAGUUUUGCUUCAAUGAGAAACAACACCAUGGUGAAUGGUACACUCGUCCCUCAUGAGAUCAUGGAUCCAAGCAAGAGCCAGUUCAUGAGGAAAGGUAUUGUUGGAGACUGGAGGAACCACUUUUCCCCACUGCAGAUCGAGAUGUUCAACAAGAAGUACCAGCAGGAAAUGGGAGACUGCUGCCCGUGUUUCAUGGACUGAUAGCGACAUGAUCCAGUAGCCAAGGGAUUAUAGCUAGCUGGGGAUUCCUACUGUGUUCAAAGAACCAAAUCCUACACACCAAAGGUGGGUGUAUGGGGACCAGCUUGCCAAAAAAGGGCAGCCACUGGACAAAGGCUCUGUGGGGACCUUUCCCAUGCCAGAUAAAUGUGAUGGAGCUCAGAGUCAAGGUCGUCACCCACAUAGACAGAAGCUGUCUACCUUCCAUAACCUGAUGCCCUCCAGAUGUUUUGGACCAGAACUCCAAUCAACAUCAGCCGAGUUGACCAUUGAUGUUCAUGAGAGUUGUAGUCUGAAACACCUGGAGGGCCCUCACCAGCAAUGAAGAUCUUAUACCUGAGAUUCCUGUUACCUGAGGUCCUUUAACCAGAGAUGGAUGAGAUUGAAAUGGGGAUCUUCUUCAGAGAAGCCACAUUCUCUGCCAAUGGGCAGGAGGUGGUUGGGAAGGCUCUGUGGGGAGUAAUUUCCAGCUUAUCACUCUGGCAGGGGUGGGGAACCUGAUUCAGGCCCUCCGUAUGCUGGUGGACUGCAAUUCCUAUCAGUCCCAGCCAGGAUGGCCAUUGCUCAGGGAUAAUGGGAGUUGUAGACAAGCAACAUCUGGAGGGCCACAUUCCCUAUCCUUGCUCAAGGGCCUCCCCUCCUUCCUUGGGUCCUGCAGAGCUAUUAGUCAAGGUGCUUACAAGUGGUACAGCUUCCCCACAAGGAGCAGGACAUGGUUUUUUGUUUGUGUUAAGCAGAACAGGACAAUGAGUUACUUGGCUUUGUGGUGUAAUUCUGGAGAUGGUGCAAGGAGAUGGUGCAAUUCUUCUUGGCAGAGUGGUUUUCUAGUCUGCAGCCACAACAUGGUUUCAUUCAGUGGCGUCCAGCAUCGGCUACAAAUACAAGGGAAGCAGCCAGCUGAUUGUCCAGGCUGCUUGGCUUCCUUGCCCCCUACCCCCACUGUACAGGAAAGGCAAGGUGCAUGGGAGAACCUAUUCUUGGAAGGCUGAUGCUGCUCACCUGGAAAAUGAUCUAUCCACACAAUCUUGGGUUCCCAGAGAACAA